AUGCCGCGGAUCGCCGCCCUCACCUGCCUGCAGCUCCUGCUGCUGCUGCGGGCCGCGCAGUGCCGGCCCCACGCGUGGGACCAGGACAGGCUGCAGCUGGAGGCCGUCAAAAAGGCGAUCCUGGAGCGGCUGGGGAUGGCGGCUCCCCCCGCCAUCCGGCACCGGCCGGACCCGGAGAGCAUCCAGAGAGCGCAGCGGCUCUACCGGCGGGCAGCGGCGGAGCUGGCGGGCAACCGGAGCCGGGAGGAGGAGGAGGAGGAGGGAGAGGAGGAAGCCGUGCCCAGGCUGCACCGCCUGACCCCCACCCUGCUGCCCUGGCUGGACAUCCCCGAGGGACACCAGGACCCUGCAGGCCAGCGGGACGCGCAGGGACAGCGGGAGCCCCUCGGUGCCCGCCGCUACCGCCUGCUGCUGUCCCGCACCGCGCAUUUCCAGCGGCAGCUCCGCGUGGUGCGGGCGGAGCUGAAGCUCCUCCGGCGGCCGCUGUCCCCUCCCGGCGCCUCGGUGCCACCUCGGGUCACCGUCUCCGCCCUGCCGGGGGCUGGGGACACCCCCCAGGUGCUGCAGAGCCAGGAUCUGCGGGAUUCCCUCGUUCUGGACCUGACAGGAGCCAUCCGGCCCUGGCUGGCCGGGCCCGAGCCCUCGCUGCGCCUGCAGCUGGAGUUCAGCGCCGACGUCUCGGCAGCCCUGGCCACCUCCGAGGGGAACGCGCUGGAGCUGGAGGAGUGCGGGAAGGGCGACGGCAGGUGCUGCCUGAAGUCGCUCCGGGUCUCCUUCCAGGACAUCGGCUGGGCCGACUGGGUGGUGGCCCCCAGCAGCUACCACAUGCGCUUCUGCGAGGGCUCCUGCCCGCACAACUACAAACCGGCCAGCAUGCACGCCCAGAUCCAGUCCCGGGUGCACUCCCUGUCCAAGGCGGCGCCUCCGCCCUGCUGCGUCCCCGCCGGCUACGACCCCAUGGUGCUGAUGCACCUGGACGGCCAGGGCAGGCUGGUGUCCAGCCUCUUCGAGGACAUGCUGGUCACCGGGUGCCACUGUGCCUGACAGCUGCAGCUGUGCCCGUCCCGGGGGGGCACGGCCACCCUGGCAGCUGCGGCGUCACCAAAUCCACGUCCUGGGGCACCCUGAGCUCAGCCAUGGGGUCUCCAGCUCCAGCACCCCCAAAUCCGGGUCCUGUGGCACUGAAUUACUCAUCUCCAGCCCUGGAUCCACUCAGCCGUGGAGUCUCCAGCAUCAGCAUCCCAAAAUCCAGGUCCUGUGGCGCCAAGUGACUCCAACCAGCCCUGGCUCUGCUUCAGCCCUGGGGUCUCCAGCUCUGCCACCCAGCCCAGCCCCAGCAUCUCCAGUUGUGACCUCUCUACCAAGAUAACUGUUCCUCUGUCUCUUCUCCAAUUUAAAUCCAUAUUUUAUUGAGCAGGUGGGUCCUUCCCACCCAGGAGACCCGGAUGGGCUGGGGUGGGUCAUGCCCAGGUGUCCAUAUCCCACUCCAAACCCUCUUCUCUGCUCAGAGACUUAUUUAUGCAACCCAGUUAUUUAUUUCUAACUUAUUGUAUUUUAUAGCAAAAUACCCCCUUUUUUAGGGGGGGAAAGAUG